GGUCAGCCAUUUGUUCUUGAAGCUCGCGCAAAAGGUUAGCCCAACAACGAAAACGCAAGGCCAUGAACAUGGAGGAUUGACCGACUGUCAAGAACGCAAAAUACCGUCGAUUUUUAUAUAAGGUCCGGUAUCCUAGUAUCUAGAGGAGACCAAGCCAUUUCUCAUCUAAGCAAUCCACCAUUAGAGCUGCAGAUAUUCUGUUUCAAAGUAGUGAGUGACUCCAUCUAUGGAGGAGAGUGUGAGCCCUGAGCUCUCUGUAGCUCCCGAGCCAGAGCAGAGUCAGGAUCCUUUGGAUAACAGCUCUCAAGCAACCACAGAGGAGCAUAACAAACAGAUAAAAGGAGAGCAGGAGAGUGAUCAUGUUCCUGAGGUACAGCUAGAGGAAACAGAGAAAUCUGUCAAGGCCUCAAGUGAGUUUAGGAAGACCUGGGGUUUCAGACGGACUACCAUCGCCAAGCGAGACAUGCCGGCAGAGGCGGCCCCCGAGAGCCAGGAGGGCCGAGGGCCUGUACGCCGCAGUGGGAGGCAGGCCAAACGCACGGACAAGCUGGAGGAGUUCCUGCUCACCACAAAGAGAGCUGGGAGGAGGAGUGGGCCUGCCAGCCUCGAGGGUGGGGACCCCCCUUCACAAACUCCCACUGAUGCAGAGACUGCGUCGGAGGCCAGCUUUGACGGCAGCGCUGACGUGAAGUCCGUGGACGACAAGUGCGAGUCCCCCGAAGUGAGGACGAGGAGCGGAAGCAGGAAGAAAGUCACUGGGAAGGCCAAAGGGGGUCGAGGUAAGAAGGGGGGAGGCGGCUUAGUCAAAGAUGACGCCAGCUCAGAGAAUGACAAUGAAGAGGGUGGCGGUGGAGAUACCCCAAAGAAGCCUCAGUCCAAGACUCCGGGUCAGCUAAAAGACCAAGAUGAGAAUGAGGAGAUGGAACCUGAGAAGCCUAGUCCCACAGAGGGAGAUGGAGACGUAGAGGAUCAAGCGGAGGCUCCGAAAAAUCAGGAAUUGGGCCAGAAAGAGAUUGAAGUGGAGGUUGAGAAUAAAGAGAAAACGGACGAAGAGGAGAACAAGAAGCCCACAGUGACUAGCGGAAAGCGUACAUCAAGCAGAUCUCCUGUGAUGGCAGCCAGUCAAAGUUCGACUUCAAUCAAGAGAGAAGCGAAAGCCAAACCUGGUCCAAAGUCCCUAAAGCCCCAGGAGGAAGAUGACUCUGAAGAGGAAGAUGAGGAUACCACCACCACCUCCUCGUCGUCGUCAUCCAGUGACUCGGAUGAAGAAGGAGGAUAUGACCCUAAUGCACUUUACUGCAUCUGUCGACAGAAACACAACAAACGGUUCAUGAUCUGCUGCGACCGCUGUGAAGAGUGGUUCCACGGUGACUGUGUGGGUAUCACCGAGGCUCGCGGGCGUCUGAUGGAGCGGAAUGGGGAGGACUACGUCUGCCCCAACUGCAGUGCCAAGAAGAGCCACACUGCCAAGGCUGCUGUCCCCGCCACCGAGAACGGGAAACUGAAAGCCUCUGCGGGAGCUGGGACCUGUAAAGAAGAGAACAGCUCAUCCUUGAGCCCUACUGUGGCUGCCCCCUCAUCCGCCAGCGCGGCUGGGACAGAAGAGAAAGCUGGGGAUGACAUGGGGAUCAAAGGGAGGAUAGAGAAAGCCACAAACCCUAGUGGGAAAAAGAAGAUCAAGAUCUUUCAGCCGGCCGCACUGCAGCCCACUGUGAAGGCGGCUCCAGAGACACCUGCUUUGACGGUGGUGAAGGCCGAGGACGGUUCUUCUCUGCCUAAAUGCAUUGGACCUGGCUGUGAGAAGAAUGCCCAGCCAGACUCUGUCUAUUGUGGCAAUGACUGUAUCCUGAGGCAUGCAGCUGCAGCCAUGAAGUCCAUCACAGAUGUGAAGGAGCCAAAGCAGAAAGACAAGGACAAACCGAAAGCCCAGAAGGAGAAGCCUUGCAAGUCAACGCCUAAGAAGAGUGGUGCCACAGGAAAGAAGGCCAGCAAGAAGACAACUGAAGAGGAGUCUGAAAGUAAGGAUGAAGACUCUGAUGAAGAUGAGCUUGCAGAGGAGCAUCCACCACCACCUGCCACAUCUUCCUGGUCCAGCGACCAUAAUUACAAUGCAGUAACGCCAGAAAAGACUACACCCAUAUCAACAGUUUUAAACAAAGCGUGUUCCAAAGAGGACCAGGAGAGUGAUGAGGGACAGGAGAGUGAUGAGGAACAGAACAAAAAGGAUCCUGCUCCUCUGGAGAAGAAACCCAGUGAAUCCACCACACCACCCAAAGGAACCAAAAAGUCCCCCCGUCCUAAAGAAUCCAAGAUGGCCACCAAGGGCAAGAGGGCUUCAUCUCCAAUCAGCAGUACCAAGUCAUCCAAGAAACGAUUGACUCCCCCUAGUAAAACGUUAAAGUCCAAGAAACCUGGCUCUUCAACUGGCCCUGCUCCGUCUACCUCAUCCCCCGGUCCUGUUCACAUCACAGGAGCUUUGAGAGUCACAAAGUCCACCUUCACCAUCCCUAAGAAGCAACCACAGCAGAAGGACACCCUGGCCUCCAACCACUCCUCUUCUUCCAGAGCCCAGACAUCUAGCUCCUCAGCCCCCUCCAGUCAGACCCAGUCGUCCUCCCCCAGGCCUCCCCAGCCUGCUGCUUCAGCCCCCACCCUGCCCUCCAUGCCCUCUCUGCCUCCACCCAACAACCAGAUGAGACAGAACAUCCGCCGCUCACUCACAGACAUCCUCUUUAAGAGGGUGAGUGACAGUGAUGAUUUGAAUAUGUCUGAGAGCGAGGUGGGGAAACUGGCUGUUACCAUUGAAAAGGAGAUGUUCAACCUGUGCCUUAACACUGACAGCAAGUACAAGAACAAGUAUAGGUCCCUCAUGUUCAAUCUGAAAGACCCCAAAAACAAGGGUCUGUUCUACAGGGUGGUCUGGGGGGAGGUCAGUCCCUUUAGACUAGUGAGACUGAGUGCUGAGGAGCUUCUUUCCAAGGAGAUCUCAGAGUGGCGAAAGCCUGACAACUCAGAGACUCCUAACGCCCGGCCCCAGGCUGGGCAUGCCAGAGCAGGCCACAGGAAUGAGACGGCUCAUCCUUAUGUGGACACGGAGGAUGCCCCACCAAUGUCUGACGGAGAUGUAUGUAUCCCUGCCACCUCCCCGUCUCCUCGCAUGGCUUCUGCUGCAGAACAGGAGGAGUCUAGUUCCGUUCCCUCAGGCUCUGCUCAGGACUCCAGUGUUGCCACCAGUGGCAGUGCAAUGCCAGAUAUCUUUAGCAGCAUGCUUAAAGAUACGACAGCUGAGCACAGAGCCCACUUAUUUGACCUCAACUGUAAGAUCUGCACAGGCCAGAAAGCUGAGGAUGAGCCAGCAGCAAAGAAAGCCAAGCUUUCCAAGAAGCCAGAGGUUAGGCCCAGACAGGAACUACGUUCCUCCAGGUCCUCCUCAGGUGAAGUCACUCCAACCCUCUACCCCAGCGCUGAGCCCCCCGUGCCUGAGCCCCCGCCCCCUCAGGAGGACAUGCAUAGCCUGGCUCCUCCCCCUCAAACACCUCUCAGCACCACGCCCACCAUUUCCUCUGUCAGCAUCACCCGCAGAGACCCCCGCAUGGCCAGGCACAGCUCUGCUGUGACCGUCACCCACACUGCACAGGACUUCUCCAUGGCGGCCCCCAUCUCAGAAGAGCUACCUGUUGCUGCGGUGCCUCUGGCUGUAGAGGUGGUCCUAAAAGGGCCUCUGCCCAUGCCCCCAGCUCCCCCGCCCUCCAUCACCAAAGCUGUCCUGCAAAAAGCCACUGCCUCAGGGGACACCAGGAUAUAUGGUUCAGCUGAAACAAGUGCAUCGGAGGCUCCUCCAGAGGGAGAGACUGCUCUCUUCCUGUCUGGCCAGGAGAUGAUAUGGAAAGGAUUUAUCAACAUGCAUACUGUUGCUAAGUUUGUCACCAAGGCUUACCUGGUCUCUGGAUCCUUCGAGUACCUGAAGGAGGAUCUGCCAGACACCAUCCACAUUGGGGGCCGGAUAUCCCCCACCACAGUGUGGGACUACGUUGGGAAACUCAAGACGUCUCUGUCCAAGGAGUUGUGCCUGAUUCGUUUCCACCCCGCUACAGAGGAAGAGGAGGUGGCCUAUGUCUCUCUGUUCUCUUAUUUUAGCAGUAGGAAACGCUUUGGAGUGGUCGCCAACAACAACCGCCGCAUCAAAGACCUCUACCUCAUCCCCCUGAGCUCCAAGGACCCGCUCCCCUCCAAACUUUUACCCUUCGAUGGGCCAGGACUGGAGCCAGCCCGCCCCAACCUCCUCCUUGGCCUUGUGAUUUGCCAGAAGGACAGGAAGCGCCCUGGAGCUUCCUUGGAGGGUGAAGAGAAACGUUCGAAGAUCCAAACCAGAAGUCAGGAUGAUGGCGGCCUUCCAAAAGUAACCACCUCUGUCAAAGCAGAGGCUAAAGUAGAGAAAGGUGCACGCUUCAGCCAGGAGAUUCCCUUCAGUACAACCCCUCCAAGAUCCCCACCUGCUCCGAGUUCCUCAGAGACUUUCUCCACUUCUCAAGCCACCUCAUCAGUUUUGUCUUUCCUCUCCUCUGUCAAAGCUCCUGCUGUAGCCACCCCAAGCAAAGACUCCCCAUCCUCCACUAGUUCUGCAGCCUCCUCUGCUACUGCCACCCCACUGCAGACCAUUCUCAAGACUCUCUUUGGAAAGAAAAAGCAGGACUCUGAGGCCUCCCUCUCUCCUGAUCAAGGGGGAGAGGGUUCAGUUGCCCCUGCUACACUCCUAGAUCCUAUUGUUCAGCAGUUUGGACAGAUUUUUAAAGAGAAGCCUAGAGAGAAAGACGAGGAUGACCGGCCGUAUGACCCAGAAGAGGAGUAUGACCCCAGCAUGGGCUACACAGCAUCGAAGAGAACUGUUGACACAGCCAAAGUGGUCAGCAAGAACUCUGAGGGGCCGUUCACUGAGGUGGAUGAUGUCGCAUAUGACCCAGAAGAUGACACUAUAUUUGAGGAAGUUAAGACGGAGGCGCCUGGUCAAGCUAAGGCCACACCUGAAAUUGAAACCACAGGUGGGACGAAUCCGCAGAAAAUGUUGGACAAUCUCAAUAAACAGAUUGAAGAACAGAAAAGACAGCUUGAGGAGCAGGAAGAAUCAAUUCGCCAACAAAGAUCGACCGCAGGGCCAGCUGGCACCUCCGUCUCGGAUUCCUUAAUGGCACAGCCCUCCUUACUGGCCAACAGCCAGCUUUUGCAGCUGGGUAAAAAGGUUGAAGAGUUGGUGAAAUCGUCAGUCACCCCUUUGAUCAACCAGAAAAGGGACCCCCGACAGAGCCGUGAUCCUCGACAGGCAGCAGCCAGCAGGAGACACACGACAGACUCUGGAGAGAAGGAAGAAAUGCCAGCUCACGUCUCAGAGACCCCCUCACCACCACCGCCGCCGCCGCCGCCGCCACCGCCUGCUGUCCAACAGUCCGAAACACCUCUGUCACAAGAGGAAGGGAUGACAGAGGAGCUCCCCUUCUUGGAGUCAGACGAAACCGAGGUUUCCAUUCCCUUAUUAGGAGAGCAGAUGGAACCUGACAUGGAAGUCAACUACAUGGAAGAUCGAAAACUGAAAACCGAAGAAAUUGAGCCGACCAAGGUGGAGAACGAGAUGGACAAGUACAGUAUUUGGCCGAAUGCUGCCAGCAUCCUAAAAGUAGGCGAGAUCUCUAAUUAUGAGCAGAACAGUCAAGAGUCCAACUCUAUUUCCUACUAUGAUGCAUCUACUAAUGACACAUCUACCACGGCAUCCAAAAUUCCCGUACUCAGUCAAAACAUGAGCCAUGUUAGUAGUGGUCUGGGUGACAGUCAUUCUUCCCACAUGUCACAUGUAACAACAUCAAGCUUUCACAGUGACUAUAGAGGUGCCCCCGACACUCUGUCGCCAAACAGUUUCCCUCCUCAGCUUGGACCCCCGCACUUGCAGGGACCACCUCGUAUGCUUGGGCCUCCACCCAUGUCUGUUCCUCCACCCAUGCAGGGACUCCAUCCAAUGUGCGGCCCACCCCCUAUGCAGGGUCUUCCACCACCCAUACAGGUUCCUCAAAUUCAUGGUCCUCCACCCAUGCAAGGUGAAGGCAGCCAGUCUCAGUAUGGCCCACCUCCAGGAGGUUAUCCUCUCUAUCCAAACCAGUGGGGUGGGUCACAGCAGCCACCACAUCCUGGGCCUCAUCCUCAGAACAUAAUGCCACCAAGAGGACUCCCACAUCCAUUCCCUCCAGUGGGGCCGAGACCUCGCUCUCAGAUAUUUGAUCCCCCUAUGGGCUCCAUGCCCCCCCAACACAUUGGACAACAAGGUCCCCCUCCUGGCCUACCCCCACCCAAUUAUGACGGACAAAAUGCAUUACCCCCACCAAGAUUUAGUGGACCACCUCCAAGAUUUAAUUACCCUGGACCUGGAGGCCCCCCUCCCCCCUUCACAGGGCCACCACUUGGCCACUUUGACAGUAGAGUGCCACCUCCUCACUUCUCUGGACCCAGGGGUGUUCCACCCUCUCAAUUUGGAGAGCAGGUGUCCCAGGCUCCCAUGAUGGAUCCACCCAGAGGGGCUAUGGAUCAGUACAACAAAGAUGGUGCAGGAUCUUAUAAACAGGGCAUGGACCACCACCAGGGAUCAUACAAAGAUAACCAGGCCCCUCCACCAGGCCCACCUUACAGGGGGCCUCCACCCAACCAGUAUGAGGGAAGAAGAGGUCCACCACCCCUUGCAGAAAUCAGUGGACAGCGCUUCCAGCAGCAUGGCCAGUAUAGAGCACCCUCUCCACCACCCCCAACUCACAGAGGGUCUUACGAUGACCCGCGGGGUGGUCCUCCUCAGGACAACAGGGGCCCACCCCCCCAGCAUUUUGCUGGGCCCCAGCGGUACCGCCUUGACAGUCAUCCAGAUGACUUGAGACCAGGACGUCAUAGUGGGCCUCUGCUCCCUACACCUUCAGAGGGUCCGAUACCUCUACCAAGUCGCAUGGGAGGCCACAGUCCAGAUCCCCACAGGGAUGAACACUGGCGCAGACACUCGCCUAGCCUGAGGAGGAGGAGCGCCUCAGCCAGAGAGGGCUCAGAGCCUCGCAGUGGCGAAAGGUCCAGCCGCUUUGAGGGUGGCCAUCGAGAGCGGGAGCCUAUCACUGCAUCCUCGCGACUGUCUGAAGAAAGACAGAGGGAUGUCUCAGAGGACCGGAGAAGGGACAGAGAGUCUGGCCCACAUGGAGGCAGGCCGUGGGACCGAAGCCAGGGGAAGCGCUGGAGCCGUGAGCGAGAGUGGGAUAAAAGCAAGGAUAGAGAUCGGGAAAGAGAGCGCAGCAAAGGUCGAGAUGGAGACAGACACAGGGAACCAGACGGAGACCGUCACCGGGAGUCAGAGCCUGAAAAGAGGCGUGACAGAGAAAGAGACCGAGACCGUGAAAGGGACAGGGACAGAGGGAGGGAGAGGGAACCUGACAGGAGAGACCACGACCGAGACAGAGCGAGGAUCAGAGACCGUGAGAGAGACAAGGAAAGAGAGCGGGAACGAGACAAAGACAAAGACAUCAGGGACCGAGAGCGGGAACGAGACAAAGACCCCAGGGAGCGGAGAAGGGAGCGCUCCAGGAGCAGAGACCGAGAGCGUGGGAAAGACCGAGCUAGGGACAGGGACAGGGACAGGGACCGGGACAGGGACAAAGACCGGGACCGCCGGGAUAGGAGCAGAAGCAAAGAAAAGAGAGAAGAUAAAAAAGAUGUUAAACACGAUACCACAAAAGCAAGUGAGAAAUCUGUGGAAAUGGAGAAUGACAAAAACUAAUCUGUUUUUUCCCCUGGACUGUAAAUUAAAGGUAUUCGAUGUCCACUUCAUUCAUAACUGUAAAUUAACCCCUUUUUUCUACAAGAUAUUAUUGUAUAACUUGAGACCCUUCAACUGUAGUUGAAAGGUCUAAGUUUUGUAUCUUUUUUUCCACUAAUAUUUUAUGAAUUCUCCAUUUUGAAGAAACUGUUCAGAUGUAAUUUAAGUUUAGGAUGUGAUACUGUUAAUAUUACAUAUACUGUUCUCACGUUACAACUCUUUUAUAAGAAUAGCAUCAAAGUAACCGUUGACCGUCUUACCAUCACAAAUGUAAUAUGAAUGUAUUUGUGUAUAUACUGCUAUGUUUUAAUGACUUUUCUAAGUGUAGAAAUUAUAAGCCAUAGGGUUUGGAUUAUGUGAGUAUAUAGGAAAUGGAGUAAUCUAUUCUGUCAUCAGACAAUACAGUGUAUGUGCGUGUUCAGCAGUUAACUACAAAAAAGUUGUAUAGUCAGAAUAAAUCAUUGGCCGUUGUCAUUGAAGUCUGUCCUAAUUUUGUUGAAAUCUUGCUUAUUAAUAAACCUUCAUGAAAAUACCAUGAA